ACGCGGGCAUCCAGCUAGUGUAUAAUAAGAAAAAAUGCAAUUUAACCAGUUUUUUUAAAUUAUAUGAUAGUCCGUUUUUUUGAUUAUGCAUUUAUCUUAGUACAGCAAUAUAAAUUCUUUAAACGAAAAAUAAAAAUGUAUUACGUAUAGUACCAUUAUGAUACCCAAAAUUAUACAUUGUAGAUUUUAAAGAAUGGUGGUACUGCAUAUAACAUGAAUAAAUAAAAACGGAGUUUCGUAAAAAAAAGUUUUUUUUUUAUUUCUCUUUUUUUUCGAUAAAUUAUUAGAAAUGGGAGAUAAUAAAUCAGAGAAGAAUGAAUCAAAGAAGAAUAUACGUGAUAAAGUAGCAGAUGGUGCUUCAUUUACAAGUAAAGUGGUACAAGGUGCAAGUACCGCGAUGAGUGCAGUAGCCGAGGUAUCUGCAGCAUUUGUUCCAUUCACAAAUUUUCUUCCCUUAAUUAAAGAAAUUGGAACUGUUUUUGAUGAAAUCAUCGAUUUAGUAGAAGCUGCUGAGCAUAAUAAACGAACUUGUAAUAGGUUAAAAAGGCUAGUUCGUGAUGCAGAAUUAUCCGUACGACAACUUAAAGAAGAUAGAGAAAAUAAUAAAUAUUUUUUUAAUAAACAAAAUUAUUCAUGUUUACAGGAAUUAUCUAGUGUUAUAGUACGAAUUAAAAAUUUUAUAUCAGAAAUUUCUCAAGUGAAUUCUUUUAUGAAAAUUUUUAAAGCGAAAGAUGUUGAGAAAACUUAUAAAGAAUUAAUUGGAGAAUUUAAGAGUUAUAUUAAUUUAUUGUCUUUUUCUAUUGACAUUAAAAUCUCUAAUGAUCUUGAACAAUUAAAAGCCGAUAAAGAUGAUUUUAAUAAAUAUAUAGUAGAAAUGUUGGGUGAUAUUGGAGGUAACGUAGAAGAGAUUAAGUCCCAAGUCACAAACUUAAGUAAUCAGUUUUCCUCAACAAUUGAAAAAGUCAAUACAGUGAGCAAUACAAUGGAAAAAUUUAUGAACGAAAAUACUAAAAAUCAAGUGACAAUUGAUAAUAUCUUCCAGGUACAACCACUAGAAUUUAAUGAUUAUGGAGUGGAUGAAGAUGAGAAAUCACGUAAAGAUGGACGUGUGACUAAAUGGUAUAACGUAAGAAAUGAAGGUGAAGAACUCGCUUUUAAAACUAUCGCUGAUAAUGAAGAUCAAAAGAUAGUACAAAAUCAGGUUACAAUUCUUAAAGAACUUCAUAAUUGCCAAAAUAUCAUAAAAUUUUAUGGGCUGACUUGUGAUAGAAAUAAUAAAUGGUAUUUGGUGACUGAAUGGGCACAAUAUGGAAAUUUACGUGAAUAUUAUACAAAUUAUAAAGAUAGAUUUAAUCUUAGAUUAAAAUUACGUAUGUCUCUUGAUAUUGCUCGUGGAUUAAGUUUUUUAAAAGCCGUUAAGGUAAUUUCAAAAUCGGCUUUAAUCAACGAAAUUUUUUUUUAAUUGUUUAAUAUUUCUUUCUUUUUUUAUUUUAUAGAUUGUACAUCGUGAUAUUAGGGCUGAAAAUAUAUUAAUUACAAUCAAUGAGAUAGCAAAACUUGCAAAUUUUAAAUUAAGUCGUUACCUAACUGCAGCUACAUUAAAUCAUAAGCAAAAUUUAGAACGAGCUCGUUA